GGGCGGAGCCAAGAGUAUGGACAGGUAUAUAAAGGGACUGCGAAGUAGAAGCAAGUCAGAGGUUUCACUGCUUGAAUCCUGGUCCCUGAAUCAUCAUGGCUACGAAGGCUCUGAUCCUGGCUCUGGCCUCCCUCGCCGUCCUCUGCCUCGUGGACGACGCCCAUGCCGCCGUGACACAUCGCCACGCCCUCCAUCCCGCCCACCGCCCCUACCACUCCCCAUACUACCAUCACUACCCGUAUCGCUACUACCCAUACCGCCAUUAUCUUAGAUAUUCGAUCGGGGCGCAGAGGAGUCUUGGAUCCGAGUCUUAGCUCUGCCUUAGACUCAGGUCUUAGACUCAAGUGUUUGAGGACCAGAUCUCGUAUGAUGGUGCCUGCGGAGUCCAGUAGAGGCUGCAGUCACAGGUACUGCUGAUGUGACUGUAACUGCAGUGCUGACUGGCGUCUCCGAAGGACACGACGGGAUGGAGAUCAGGACAGGGAGGGAGAUGGUGGAGCGUCUGCGAUGUUCGGACGCCCAUCUUGCCCUCCACAGCAGCGACCUUCUUUACUAUGAACAUUGGAGACAAUAAACUUUUCAAACAACUUAUCACUGUAUUUCUCUCUCUCUCU